UUCAGUCCAACAAAAUAACAACAAAAUAACCAAAAAAUAAAAUAAAACUAAAACUUUUUGGUUUUUUUUAGAGAGAAAAAAGGGGAAGCUAUUUCUAGAGAAGCAAAACUCAAAAAAGGUUUGAACUUUGAAGUUGUAAAACCUCUGAACAUUUUGGCAAAAAGGGCAAGUCAAUUUUAAUCUAUAAAUCUACCCCAUCUCUAUCGAAUGUUUGCUAAUAUUGCAGUAAAACUCUGCUCUACUUAUAUAGUGAAACUGUGAUUGAAGUUUCUGGGUUGCUUAAGUUUGAUUGAAAUGAGCAAGGAAAUGCCAAAUCUUUGAGGCAAUGUUUCGGGUUUUGAACCAAGAAAACGGUUUACUUGUACAUAUAUGGCACAGGAAAUCUUCCAAGAGGGAAAUAGUUAACAAGUAUGGAUCUUCGAGAAGAGUCCUCUAAAUUAGAGUCUUUAGCAGGAACUACAUCAAGAAGGCUUUCAUCUGCAUCUUCUGUGUUUUACUCAGCUAAUCCCUCUCCGUUCUUUUCACCAAGCUCACCAAAGUCUCAGUUUUCAGAGUCUAAUCGCACUGACGUACCACUCGAAGAUGUCAACAUUUCCAGUAAAGAAAUUCCAGACCCUGAGCCAGAGAUGAAUGUAAGGCUUCCUUCAUCAGACAUUCCAGGUUCCCAACUGGCAGAUGAUCUGCAAUUGCUCGAACGUGUUUCUUCCUCAAUGGGAAUAUCCAAUGAAACGGCCUCCACUCAUAGCCAAGGUCGAUGGAUUGAAUACUCGAGGCCUAGAGGGAGACAUAAGAAAGUCGUGAGACACUUUGGAGUGCCGUGUCCUCCAAAUGCGGCUUCUCUGUCCACCAGUAGAAUUAAAAACAGUGAUGUGUAUAUUGGUUUGUAUGGAAGAAAACCUCCACUUUUGAGAUUUGUUAAUUGGUUGCGUGCUGAGCUGGAAGUUCAAGGGGUCAGUUGCUUUGCUUGUGAUAGGGCUCGGUGCAGGAACACGAGGAAGCAGAAAAUUGUGGAGCGAGCAAUGGAUAUUUGCAGCUAUGGAGUGGUGAUCAUAACAAAGAAGUCAUUUAAGAAUCCAUACACUAUUGAGGAGCUGAGAUUUUUCUCAAGUAAGAAGAACCUUGUUCCUGUUUUCUUUGAUGUUGCUCCUAGUGAUUGCCUUGUUAGGGAUAUAAUUGAGAGAAGGGGAGAACUCUGGGAGAAACACGGGGGAGACUUAUGGAACUUAUAUGGCGGGUUAGAGAAGGAAUGGAAAGAAGCCAUUUAUGGUCUGUCUCGAAUUGAUGAGUGGAAAUUGGAGGCACAUGAUGGUAACUGGAGAGAAUGCAUAUUAAGGGCUGUCACUCUGUUAGCGAUGAGAUUAGGAAGGAGAAGUGUGGUGGAGAGAUUGAGCAGAUGGAAGGAGAAGGUAGAGAAAGAGGAGUUCCCUUUGCCUCGAAAUGAGAACUUCACUGGUAGGAAAAAGGAGUUGUCAGAGAUUGAGUUUAUGCUGUUUGGAGAUGUUACUGGUGAUUCAGAAAGAGACUAUUUUGAGAUCAAGACUAAGCCCAAAAGGAGGAAUGUGACUAUUAGUUGGAGUAGGAGUAAUUCAAUGGAGAGGCAGAGAGAGGGUGGUAAGAAAAAAGGUAAAGAUCCUGUCAUAUGGAAAGAAUCGGAGAAAGAGAUUGAGAUGCAAAGUGCCAGUUUCCCUCAACAGCAGCCUCCUAAUAUACCAAAACCAAAGAUUGGCAGAAAAUAUGCUAGAAGAAAAAGAUCGAUGAAAAUUGUAUACGGCAAAGGUAUAGCAGUUGUGGCUGGGGAAUCUGGGAUUGGAAAGACGGAGCUCCUUCUUGAGUAUGCAUACAAGUACCAUCAAAGAUAUAAGAUGGUGUUGUGGAUAGGAGGGGAGAGUAGAUAUAUUAGGCAAAACUAUUUAAACCUCUGGCAGUUUUUAGAAGUUGAUGUAGGAAUUGAAACCUGUGCUGGAAAGAGUAGAAUAAGAAGUUUUGAAGAGCAAGAAGAGACGGCUAUGUUCAGAGUACGCAGAGAACUGAUGAGGAACUUGCCGUACCUGGUGAUUAUAGAUAAUUUGGAGAAUGAAAAAGACUGGUGGGACCACCGGCUCAUAAUGGAGCUUCUUCCUAGGUUUGGUGGUGAAACCCAUUUCAUAAUAUCCACACGCCUGCCUCGUGUAAUGAACCUCGAGCCCAUGAAACUCUCCUACCUGUCUGGGGUGGAGGCUCUCUCUUUGAUGAUGCAGGGAAGUACGUCAUCAGACUUUCCACUCACGGAAAUUGAUGCUCUUCGUGUCAUUGAGGAGAAACUUGGAAGGAUAACGUUAGGCCUUUCUGUUGUCGGAGCAAUUCUGUCAGAGCUUCCUAUUAAUCCCACUAGGCUUUUAGAUACUAUCAACAGGAUGCCUUUAAGGGAUUUCUCAUGGAACGGUAAAGAAGGUAAUGCACUGAGGAAAAACACCUUCCUUUUGCAAUUGUUAGAGGUUUGCUUCUCAAUAUUCGACCAUGCUGAUGGACCCAGAAGUUUGGCAACAAGGAUGAUUCAGGCAAGUGGCUGGUUUGCACCAGCUGCAGUUCCAGUCUCUCUUCUAGCAGCAGCUGCUCACAAAAUGCCAGAAAAGCACAAAGGAACUCGGCUAUGGAAAAAAAUCCUGCGUUCUUUGCCUUGUGGGUUUACUUCCUACACCAAGAGAUCUGAAGCAGAAGCGGCUUCCAUGUUGUUGAGGUUUAAUAUUGCAAGGAGUAGCACCAAGGAGGGAUAUAUUUAUUUGAAUGAAAUUGUCAAGCUUUAUGCCCGUAGAAGAGGGGUUACCGGUGUUGCUCACGCAAUGGUGCAAGCUGUUAUUGGUCGGGCAUCUGUAGUUCAUCAUCCCGAACAUUUAUGGGCGGCAUGUUUUUUGAUAUUUGGGUUUGGAAAUGAUCCUAUAGUUGUGGAACUCAAGGUCUCUGACUUACUUGUUCUGGUAAAAGAAGUUGUUUUACCGCUUGCUAUAAGGGCAUUUAUCACAUACUCACGGUGCAAUGCAGCUCUUGAGCUCCUCCGUUUGUGCACGAAUGCACUUGAGACGGCUGAUCAGGCAUUUGUGACUCCAGUUGAUAAAUGGUUGGACAAGUCCCUUUGUUGGAAACCGGUUCACACCAACGCGCAGUUAAAUCCCUCUUUAUGGCAGGAUAUGGCAUUAGCAAGAGCUACUGUAUUAGAGACAAGGGCCAAGCUUAUGCUGAGAGGAGGACAGUUUGACAUUGCUGAUGAUCUGGUUAGGAAGGCUAUUUUUAUUAGGACUUCAAUAUCUGGUGAAAAUCAUUCUGAUACUCUUUCUGCUAAGGAAACCUUGGCCAAAAUUAGCAGGCUUUUAGCAAAUGUUCAAGCACAUACCUCACCAUAGUUUUUCAUUCUUUUUUGUAACCAGAAAAUUUACAUUAGGAGUAUACAUAGUGUUCCAAAUAAUGUCAUGUUUAACAUCUCAGGGAAUUUAUCUUACACCAUUUUAAUACUCAUUGAGAUGCCAUUCUACA